AUGAUUCCGUGAAGGAUCUAGAAGGGAUUCGAAUUCAGCGAAUUGCCGACGGAGUUUCGUUGGAAGACGUUCCCACACAUGAGAAAGACGGCUGACAGCGAUAUUGCUGAGACCCAGAGUGAUAGCGAAUAAUGUCAUCAGAUCCCGAUUCUCUUUGGCGUACAUAGCAAUUUUGAUAAACUUCCGAAGUGUUGUGACUCGUUUUUGCGGCAACGCCAGCAAUACUUCCGUAGUGGCCCAGUACUGAACUUCGUUGAACCUGCGCAUAAGAAGAUCCAAAUUCGAGGGCACUCGUCCAGGAAACUGAUCCCUUCCAAUCACUUGUGUCACUAA